CUCUAGAGCGGCUUCGAAGGCCUGCGUGUGGAGAAAAGCCUCCAGGGAGAGCGGCGCUGCCCUACAACCUUCGCCCCCUGCCCUCGCCUCUUUCCCACAACCCAAAAUGGCCGCGGGUGUGGAUUUUGGCGACCUAGAGUUAUUCGAGGCGUUUGACCCUCAAGAGGAGUCGACCCCGAAGCCCGUUCACACCCGCUUCAAGGACGACGACGACGAGGAGGAGGACGACGACGACGAGAAUGGGGUGGGGGACGCGGAGCUCCAGGAGCAGCUUCGGCACUGCGAGGAAACCAUCAGGCAGCUCCGCGCCGAGAAUCAAGAACUUAAAAGAAAGUUGAACAUUCUGACAAGACCCAGUGGCAUACUGGUGAGCAAUACUAAGAUAGAUGGACCCUUAUUACAAAUUCUAUUUAUGAACAAUGCUAUUUCAAAGCAGUACCACCAAGAAAUAGAAGAGUUUGUAUCAAAUUUAGUAAAACAAUUUGAGGAACAGCAAAAUAAUGAUGUGGAAAAGACUUCCUUCAGCCUUUUACCCCAGCCAUCCAGUGUUACUUUGGAAGAGGACCAUAAAGUGGAAGAAUCAUGUGCCAUUAAAAACAACAAGGAAGCUUUCAGUGUUGUAGGAAGUGUCCUGUAUUUUACUAAUUUUUGCCUUGAUAAAUUGGGGCAACCGCUACUAAAUGAAAACCCUCAGCUUACGGAAGGAUGGGAAAUACCCAAGUACCAGCAAGUCUUCAGCCACAUUGUUUCUCUAGAAGGGCAAGAAAUGCAAGUAAAGGCAAAAAGACCAAAGCCUCACUGUUUCAAUUGUGGUUCUGAAGAGCAUCAGAUGAAGGAGUGCCCAAUGCCUCGGAAUGCUGCUCGCAUAAGUGAGAAGAGAAAAGAGUACAUGGAUGCCUGUGGUGAGGCAAACAGUCAGAGUUUUCAGCAGCGAUACCAUGCAGAAGAAGUCGAGGAGAGAUUUGGACGAUUCAAACCAGGAGUUAUCAGUGAGGAACUUCAGGAUGCACUGGGUGUGACGGACAAGAGUCUUCCCCCCUUCAUCUACCGGAUGCGCCAGCUGGGCUACCCUCCAGGCUGGCUCAAGGAGGCUGAACUGGAGAACUCAGGACUCGCACUCUAUGAUGGAAAUGAUGAUGCUGAUGGGGAAGCAGAAACUGGAGAAAUACAAAAUAAAAAUGUCACUUAUGAUCUCUCAAAAUUGGUAAACUAUCCAGGUUUUAAUAUAUCUACUCCCAGAGGUAUUCCAGAUGAGUGGAGAAUGUUUGGUUCCAUACCAAUGCAGGCAUGUCAACAGAAGGAUGUGUUCGCCAGUUACCUUACUUCUAACAUCCAGUCGCCAAGCAUGAAGUCUGGCAGCAAGCGGUCUUCGUCUCAGUCCAGCCCUAACAGUCCAAAGAAGCAGAGGAAGGAAGGCAGCUCAGCAGCAUCCCCUGCUGACAUGGAGCUUGACUCGGAUGUGGAGGUUCCACCUGGUUCUCAGAGCAGCAAAGCCUUCCAGUUUCAACCACCCAUGCCUCCUGGCACACCUCCUCCACUGCCACAGGGAACACCUCCACCUCUCUUCACUCCUCCACUCCCGAAGGGCACCCCACCACUGACUCCCAGUGACUCACCCCAGCCCCGACCCACAGCUGCAGCCAUGGACGAGGACGCCCUGACACUGGAGGAGCUGGAAGAACAGCAGAGGCAGAUCUGGGCAGCUCUCCAGCAGGCCGAGGGAGGCAACAGCGACUCUGAUGUGCCUGUGGACACACCUUUAACUGGGAAUUCAGUAGCCUCCUCCCCUUGUCCAAAUGAGUUUGACCUCUCUGUCCCAGAAGGAAAGGCCCUGGAAAAGCCAGUGCUGGCUGAGCCCCAGGGCCCAACCACUUCCGCAGAGACAACGGGGCCUGAGCCUCCCUCCAGCCCAGCAGCAGGGGCAGCAGUGUUCUCUCAGAAAGAAGAGGAAGAAGCUGCAGAGGGGGACCCCGAGGAGGCUCUUGACAAUGGCAGUGUGUCGAACUGUGACAUGAGGAAUGGAGGCAGCCAGAAGCUCCUUCAUCAGGACACCCGGCCCUCAACAGCCUCCAAAAUCCACAGCCUGGUGCCUGACAUGAGCAAGUUUGCCACUGGAAUAACACCCUUCGAAUUUGAGAACAUGGCUGAGUCCACUGGGAUGUACCUCAGGAUAAGAAACCUGUUAAAGAAUUCACCCCGAAAUCUGCAGAAAAACAAAAAGGCUUCUGAGUGAACGCGGGAGCAGCGCCGGCUGCACGAUGAUCUGUAGCUCUGCGUUGUUCUAUCGGACUUAGAUGGCAGGCGAAGUCGCUUCCCCCUUGUCCUCCCCACCUUUCAGAAUCUGCCCCAGUUUGUGAUCUCAGCUCCAGCCUGUUUCACAAAAUGAAAGACUGGGCGUGUGAGUUUGCUCUUUUUCCUCACUGACGACAACGGCCAAGGAGGUGUGUACUGAGCUGGUUCAGAUGUGGUUGGUUCGGGUUGUACUAUUUUUGGAUCGUGAGUAUCUGUCAAGAGUGAAGGUUUUUUGUUUUUUUGUUGUUUUUAAAUGUCUUUUGUAAAUUGUUUUCCCUUUCUACAUUUUGCUAUUCUGUAUAUAUAAGCUUAAUAUAUCACUUUUUAAAAGAAAUUCUAACAAUUUUAAAUUCACAUUUCAAUUCCAACAACCAAAUGAGAAAAAUCAGGGAUGAGCAGCUUUAUCCUGCUUGGGGUAUUUUUGUAAGAUUUUCAUGCAUGAAUUUUAAUAUCACUCUUACUUUUUGUAAUUUAAUUAUUCAAAUCCAAUAAAGGUGUGCUUACCUUUAUGUACAGAGGUUUAAUAAAUUAGUUUUCUUACACGUGAACCAAGACUGGGUAGAUGUGACUCACAGUUAAAUUGUUCUUUGAAAAUGGGGUGAAAAUGAUGUGGUUGCAAAGAAACUGCAUGUUUGGAUCCCAGCCUAUAAACAUAUAAUAAAAUGGUGUAAUAUUUUGGGAAAAAGUGAAGGUCAGUUAGCCUUUGUACAAGAUAAUAUUGUGCAUUCAAGCUGUAAGGUAAUAGUUAGACACAAACCGAGUGUGACUGCUCACUGUUAGUCUCUGCUUGGUCAAGCUCAGGAGCACUUGGGGACCUUGAGUUACUCAUGCAGUGUUACCCUGCUUCCAGGCCAACAGAGGGCGAGAAAGGGAAUCAUUCUGGAUUAGUCUACAUCUCUGAGAACUUGAAUAGUCCACUUGACUGGUUUGUGUACAGUAAAGGGAAGGAUGACCACGAGAAAGGGCGAAUGAGGCCAUGCUGAAAUAAAACGUUACGUACUUUAAGCUGGUUUUGUCAUCCGAGUUUUACGUGAACUCUUCACAGGGGUUUACGUGACGUGACUGUGAGAACCUUAGCCUCUCUAGCAGCCCUGCCACAAGGAAGGAGGUCAAGAAGGCAUAGAGAAGAUAAGGGGUCUUUGUCAACAUUAAAGGUGUUUCCCUUUCUCUCUCUCUCUCUCUCUCUCUCUCUUUUUUUUUUUUUUUUCUUUUGAGGUAGCAUCUUGCUGUAUAGCCCAAGCUGGCCUUAUUCACAAUCUCCCUGCUACUAACUACCUUACUGCUGGGAUUACAGGCAAGAGGACAUGAUUCUUUAAAAACACACACACACACACACACACAUUUACUUAUUGUGGUGUGUGGGGGGGUCAUUCCUUGGCAUGCAUAUGGAGAUUAGAAGACAAUGUGUGGGGGUCCAUGUUCUCUUCCCACCACUGUUUAUCUUCAUCAAGCUAGACAACAAGCACCCUUACCUGAUAAGCCAGCUCACCAGCCUGAGACUGACAUCGUACUUUUUGAUCUUCCUGCCCCCACUUCCUAAUUCCUGAUUAAAGAUGGGCACCACCACUCCCAGUUUCUGGGCUUGCAACCCAGAGCCCUGUGUGUGUGCUAGACAAGCACUCUACCAACUACUCUGCUUCCCCAGCCCCAGUGACAUGACUCUUGACCGAAGAUUUAGCUGGUUUCUAAAUCAGAAGUAACUGUUUAGCCCUGUGUACUGGCUUAUGCCUAGAAUACUUCGCACUUGGGAGGAAGGCUGGAGGAUCAGGACCAGCCUUGGUUACAUUGCAAGUUCAGUUAGCUUGAGCUACAUGAGAUCCUGCCUCAAAAAAAAAAAAAAAAAGUUGUGUUGCUUUAACUGUUGUAUUACUGGUAUCCUCUGAAUAUUGAGAUAGCUCAACAAUUAUUUCCAGUACAUAAAUGCCUUGUUAUGGUAUAGAUUAUCCAUUUUCACUUCAUUGAGUAGGCAUUGUCUUUUUUUUUUUAAGUAAAUGUCUAAGACAUAGAUGGUAAGCAACCUAAUUGUAAAUAAAUUCCGAUCUCUUGCCUCUGUA